AUGGUCGGGGUUCACACCGCCUACGAGCUCGCUCAACUUGGUUUCCGGGUCAUCGUCUUUGAGCAGUGUCGCGCAAUUGGUUUGGGAGCAACACAGUAUGCCUUCCCGUUUGUGGGAGUCGGUCUUCUGCAGCCGUACAUUCACACGAUAAGAAUGGGGCGGAAAUUGUUGCGCGGGACGUUGGCAGUAAUCUGUCCGGACAUUAUUUCCGCGGAGGAUUCAUGGAAUUCUUUUUUUUUUUUCGGCUGCUAUCCACCGCUGGUUAUGGGCACGUCGCUGGAAUACACUCACGGAGGCCCAGGUGAUGUAAUACACGAACAAUUUGUCAAGGUUGAGCGUUGGCGUUGUGGAGGAUCUCGUAUGUAG